AUGCACUCCAGCGGCAAACAGUUGCUCCUGAAUCCUUCCGUCGUCGUCCUGCUCCUGCUCGUCCUUGUUGGAAGUGCUGCUGGAGAUGGGAGUGCCACAUCCACAUCCACAUCUGCCUUAAGCCUCAGCCGGUCGAAACGCUUGGCCAUUUUCAAUGGCUCGGGCACAAACAAGAUUGUCGCCGGCCUGGCCUACCCCAUCAAGCAGGCGGAUGAAGUGCAGUCGGUUUGGGGAUUCGUCAACUACCAGGCGCAGUACGUGCCAUCGCCAGUUCCAAUUUACUGGUGGAGUUUCUGGAACACCUCGACAUUUGUGACCACAACCAGGGAGUGGCGCCAGCAUGUCCAGAGUAGGCUUCUCCAGGACGAGACUCGCAUGUGGCUGUACGAUGUGGUGGAAACGGGCCUGGAGCGGUUCGGAGAUCGGAAUGCAGGCUCCUGUCUGCUCAAAAGUAUCUGUGAGAUAGCGCAGCGCCCCUUUGUGCAUAGCAAUAUUUUUGGGGAAGUACUCAAUGCAGCACUGGUACCGUCUUUGGACAAUGUGCCUGAAAAGUAUCUGCUUGCCAGGAAUGCCGGAAAAGCUGGUGCCAAUUGUUGGAAAACCUACAGUGAUUGCAGCCGGAAAAUGUGGAACAAACUUAUUCGAAUGGCUAAGAUAAAAAUCUGA